AUGGACAGCAGCAGCAGCUCGCGGAGGGUGGGAGGAGGAGGCCGCGUGCGCGAGGUGUAACCCGAGGCGCGAGAGGCGGCAGGAAAAGUUUGAACCGCUACGGCGCACGGGGACCGAACACUUUUGUGCAGCGUGUCGUGCAUUUGAGCUCAAUUUUAAGGAUGAAGACUAGACCUCAAGUUGUUUUUGCUCUUUUGAAGUAAACUUAACUCGGCUCUACCUGGUUUGAAACGUGUAUCUUUCCAGACGCAGGCACGGAUGGACUGGCGCGCACUUAUGAUACCUGCCCGGGUUUCACGGUUUGUUUCGGGCUGAAGGAGGAGAUGAACCCCCGCUGUCUGAAAUGGGCCUGUGUCUCGGGACCGAAGUAACAGAGGAGGAGAAGAAGGCGAGGGUACAGAGCGCUAAAAUAGACCGGGACCUGUACGAGUAUGCCAAACGAGAGAUGAAUGUGGUGAAGAUACUGUUGCUAGGAGCAGCGGAGAGCGGCAAAAGCACUUUGGUGAAACAGAUGAAAAUCAUUCAUAGUAACGGCUUCACCAAACAGGAACUCACCAGCUUUAAGCCUGCAGUACUGGAUAACCUCCUGACAUCGAUGAAGUUUGUCCUUCAUGGGAUGGGAGUGCUGCGAAUCAAUCUGGCCAACAGCAGGAACAAGGUGCAUGCUCAUUCUGUCCUGUCUUGUGGGCGGUGUUUUGAUGAGGACCAGGUCUUGUUCCCGUUCGUGGCUCACGCUUUGACCUGUCUGUGGGCGGACCAGGGUGUUCGGGAGGCAGCUGCCAGGGGAUACGAGUACGAACUCAACGACUCCGCCCUGUAUUUCUUUGACAACAUGAGCAGAAUAACCUCUCCAGAUUACGUGCCGACAGAGACAGACGUGCUGCGUGUACGGCUGAGGACCACCGGAGUGAUAGAGACGCAGUUUAAAGUGGAGCACCUUAUUUUCAGGAUGUAUGAUGUGGGGGGCCAGAGGAACGAGAGGAGGAAGUGGAUCAGUUGUUUUGAGGACGUUCGGGCCGUGCUUUUUGUGGUGUCUCUCAGCGGCUACGACAUGAGUCUGAUGGAGGACCCCUCAAUGAACCGGCUGCAGGAGAGCAGGAAGCUGUUCUCCUCAAUCUGCAACAAUGUCUUCUUCCGCAGCACAUCAAUGAUUUUAUUCAUGAACAAAAUAGACCUGUUUCAAGACAAGAUUUUACACACAGGUCGACACCUGCGCCUGUAUCUACCGCAAUUCAAAGGUGCAGAUUGUGACGUGGACGCAGCUGCCCGGUUCAUCGCUGCCACUUUUGUCUCUCUCAAUAAAACUCCAAACAAACUCAUCUACCAUCACUUCACCACGGCAACGGACACCUCCAACAUACAGGUGGUGUUUCAGGUUGUCAUGGACACCAUCAUCAAGGAAAACCUGGAAGCGGUGUCUUUGUUAUAACUUCUGUGAAAAAAUCAUGGCCAAUAACUGUCCAAGUGGGACAUCUGACUCUCCUGUCCUGAUGAUGCUGCUCGAACUCUAAAGACAUGAGAAAAUCCGUGAGACAACAACUAAGCUACAAAUGGAUUUAUGAAAAUGAGAAUAUAAUGGGAUAAAACGUGUCUGUUUCAGUAGUUGUUUCUUAUAUAAAUUAUCUACUAAAAUUGGGCAAUAAACAAGAACUGGCACAGUUUUUAAUGGCAUAGAUUACAGUGCAGCUUUAGGGACUCUUUAGGAUAUUUUACAGUGUAGACUCUGUAUGACUAUAUUUAGUAGGACCCAUUUGAACAUUUGAAAACGGUGUCCUACUGUAACACUGGCCUGUUUCUUGCAAAUGUGUGUUAAGCAUUUCUAUACAGUAUUAUUGCAUCUCACUUUUGGAGUUAAACUGCUAGAAUAAUUUUAUACUUUUUUAAAAAUCACAUUCUAAUUUGACCUGUAAACCUGUGACUCAAACAGGGCUUUAUUAUUCAGGGCAUAUAUUUCUCCUCAUCCUCCCUGGUUUGUGUGGGCAGCACUCUCAGAGGAAGUCCGGAUUUAUGGUGUGUCCCACUUCUCCGUGUGGUGCCCGGUCAUGCAAACAGCGUUUUCCUCUCAUCUGUCACUGUGUCACCCUGAGCUCCUGCGUCACCUUCUCCUCUUAAUGAACCGAUCAUCGCCGUAAAAGUGUUUACUCUCACUUCACCCUUAAACACCCGCUACACUGUGAGAGGAACAGUUGCCCUCCUCCCAACUUUGUUCACAAUAAACAUGCCACAUUUCUGAGUGAUAAAUAAACUAAUGUGACUUUAUGAGAAGGAAGAAAUGAGUGUAGUGCAGUAUUAUGUCACUUUUCAGGCAAUUCUCAUAAACAAACAAAGGACAAGAUUUGAGUGUUUGUU